UCCGCACUUAGCCGACGAAAUGCGAGUUGAUUAUUUCUAAUUAUCCUUUUACUCCGAUUUGUUCUUGUUGAGGCACACAUUUCAGUGGAAAUGUAAUUUUACAAAAUUCGUGAGUUGCAACGUGAAUGACGAAUUGACGACGAAAACACUACGAAUUCGGAAUUACGAACAUAUACGCAUCAACAAACGUCUCGCUCAUCUCAAUUCGAAGAUUUGUGAUAACGAUAACUAACGUUGCAACCUUGCAAUCAAAUGCACAGCUCUCAGUCUCAAUUUAGUGCUGUUUCGGCUUAAUUAAAACAAAUUUAAACUUACACUUCGUUAAAUUUCAAUGAGACUACAUGUUGUGUUUCUUCUGUUACAUUUGUAAUCGUUAUUUAUAGUGAUAAUCAGUGUAAUUACACCUUCACCAAUGAUUUCUUAGAAUCUCGUCGGAAUCACUUUUGACGGCCGUUUUCGAAGAAGUGAGCAUUUCUAUUAUGUCGUUAAUUUAAUUUCUGAAUUACUGCACUAGAUUCAAUUGAAUUUAACUGGCUAUAUAGUAAUAGCUAUCGAACUUACUUCUAGAAUGCUCAAAAAUGGGUUGCGCUUUCCGGAAACCAGAAACUGUUGAUCCUCCUGAUCUUGAUACUAAUGAUGAAGAGGAUGACGGAAACUUCUUUGGUGUUACUAACAUUGAUCAGGAGGGAAAUGAUCACUUACCGGGUAAAAUCGAAGUUACUCCGGAGUUCCUGAUACUCCAUCAACCGAGAAGACCGCCAAUUCAAUGGCCUAUUCGUACUCUUCGUAGAUACGGUUUCGAAUUUAAUAUUUUUAGUUUCGAAGCGGGUCGUCGUUGCCCAACCGGUGAAGGAAUAUUCGCAUUUAGGUGUGUUCAAGCUGAGCAGCUGUUUCGACUACUACAAGCUAAUAUACAAAGGAGCUGUGGUAAUCUUAAUGUGCCGCAUGGUGAUAUUUCGCAAAGUAAUUACCUAGAACCUAGAGCUGUCCCUAUGAAUCGUUAUCGUCUAGAAAGUGUCGGUAGUUCAAGUAGUUGUCCUCAUACUCCUGUUUCUCCGGGUCUAGUAUCGUCUCCUAUAUACAAUUUCGAGGAAAGAGACAUCAAAACGAAGAGCGAUGAUAAGAAAAAUUACUCUCCGGUAAAAGUUAAAAAUUCAGCUACUAGUAGUCCCCUCUACAUAAACGUUGAAACUGGAAUGGACGACGACGGAAAAGCCAGCAGUUCUCAAAAUCCUUACUUGUGUUUACCUGAGAAAUACAACAAACAUUACUUAGAAUUGCCUCCAGGCAAACUUUACAUGGAUUUGCCUGCGGUUGAAGGGCACGUUGAAGAGUCUCCUGAAAAUAAAUUAGAAUACAUUUUGGUUGACGUGGAUUCUAAUAAAAAACCUUCUUCGCCAGCCGGACAACGUCCUACUGAAGCGAGUAAAGUUUCUGUAGGAUAUACGACAAUUGAUUUCCAAAGAACUUGGGCUCUCCUUCAAAGCACUAAACCAAAUAUUGAAAACGACAUCGGUUGUAAGAGGAGAACUAGACAUAAUUCAAAUCUUUUUGGAGUUCAUCGAUAAAUUGGUUGUUUGUAAUGCCGCUAUUAUUUUCUUUUUUAUUUGAAUUUUUGUACGUUAUUUAUUUUUAUUGGACGUUGUUUUCGCAUAAAAUCAUUACUCAGGGAGUGUUUAACCUUCUAAAUUGAUUGUUUGUGCCAUAUUUAGUUUUCAGUUCUACAAAAUGUUUUUUACUAUCCUAUAUUUUUUUGUUUUUUUUUUUGGUUCUCGUUUCUCUUACCAAAAGCAACAAAAAAAAUGUUAUAUUUAUAUUGAAAAUGGGGGUUGUUUGUUAGGACCUGAUAAUAAACUACUUAAUUUUAAAUACCGUAGCUAUUUUUGUUAAAUACUCACGUCGGAACUUAUUGUGUGAUGCUAUGAUAAUUGGUUUAAUUUUUAUUUGUGUGUUAUUAUGUGCAUGAUAUUAUUUGUUAUAUUCUUAAGUGGGCGGUAUUCUAUAAUGUUCUACUUCGACGAAUUAUUAUUUACAUCGAAUUCGCCUUCGUCUUAUUCCAGGUAUACCUGCCAACACGAUUCAAAUGAAUGAAAUGGACAUGAAUUUCGUCUGUAACUAGUCAAGAUAAACGUAGUCAUAUUGUCAUAAAAACUGAAUCUAUAUUUUUACUGUCCAUUUUUCCUUUUAAUAAUUUGAUACGCAAUGCGCAGUAUACCUGAAGACGAUUUCGAAAUCGUUUUAAUGUACCUACCUUACAAUAUCGAGUAAUUUCACGUAGGCAUAAUUCGAUGUUACCAAACCUAUCAGUUACUAUUCAUUUCCGGUUUGUUACGUGGAAUUAUUCACCUCAAAAUGUGUAAAUUUUUACAUUCCAUCUCAAUAUCUAAAAAUAUCAUCGGUAACAUUUUUAUAUCGCGCGUUACGUUUAAUUUUAUAUUUUUUUAUACUUGAGAAUCUCAAAAAAAAUCUCAUCGAUGUAAAUAAAAAAGUCUUCGUUCAUGUAACCGGCUUCGAUUUAAAUUAAAAAUAGAAACAUUUAAAUUAGAAAUGAACUCGUUUUCUAGUCAUUUUAAAGUUAAACCAAUGAUGAAACAUGACAAAUAAUGAUCUCAAUUUUAAAGAAGAAAAAAAUACUCGUUUUAAAAUUGUUUUAAAAACAGUCACUAAAUUAAUUUUUGCACAGUUACGAUCGUUUUUUCUACAUACCUAUACAUUUUGUAAUUAAACGUCGAGCUUUUUACAGAACAUGUUUUUUAUCUAUUGCUCAAAUUCGUGUUCAUAAGUCGCUUCAACUCUUUGUACCAACCUUGAUGAACCCUUUGUGAACAAUGCUCUGUAAUUUUUGGUUAAUUCUGAAAUGUAUUGUUUUAUGUACUUUUUAUGUGACCGGAUAAAUGAACAAUUACAAUGCUAUUUGAAUGUUA